AAAGCUUCACAUUUCACCUAAUUUCAUCCUUUUACAGCCAUUAUAAGUACCUCCUCUCCUUGUUUGGAAUUCAUCAAACACUUUCACCCAAGUCUAGUCUUGCUUUGAAACAUUGCAAGUCUCGAAAUACUACAAGGAUGAUGUUGAAACAAGCUUUCUUCUCCCUUUCACUUGUCCUCUUUGUUUUCCAUUGCACCACAGCUGCAGCCCAGGCGCCAAUCCCAGCUCCAUUGCCUCCUCCAACUCCUUCCACCCCCACCGCAUCUCCUCCAGCUCCUCCCCUCCCUACCAGUUCACCUCCAGCUCCGCUUGUUCCCGCUGCUGCUCCAGGUCCAUCAGGCCCCACCAAUGUUACCAAAAUCCUUGAAAAAGCCAAGGGAUUUUCCCUCUUUAUUCGUCUCUUAAAAUCCACCUCUGUCGCUGACCAGAUUGAGAAACAACUCAAUGACUCAAGCAAUGGCGUCACCAUCUUUGCACCGACUGAUGGGGCGUUUUCUAGUCUUAGUUCUGGGGUUCUUAACUCCUUGAACGAUGAACACAAGGAACAAUUAAUCCAAUUUCAUGUAAUCUCUUCAUACAUCCCUCUGUCACAGUUUCAAACCGUGAGUAACCCACUAAGAACAAAUGCAGGAGACACAAGUAAAUACACCUUUCCACUUAAUGUAACAGCUUAUCCAAAUUCAGUGAAUAUCUCAACAGGCGUUACCAACACUAGUUUAUCUGGCACCAUUUACAGCGAUGGCCAGGUUGCAAUUUAUCAAGUCGACAAAGUGCUUCUCCCCGUGAACAUUUUUGGCCCCAAGCCUCCGGCACCGGCACCUUCACCAGCAAAACGUAAGAAGGAGAACGAUGAUAGUACUACUGAUGACAAUACAGUUGCAGAUAGUUCAAGUGAUGAUGAUAACGUGAAAGCUUCAGGUGCAAUCAGUCUCAAGAUCACGACCGUGCAGAGGAUGGCCUCCUCUGGUGUUGCCAUGGUUGCAGCAUUAGCAUUUUCUUUAUGACGAGACGAUCAUAAAGAAUGCGUGCGAUAAGAGUUGUUGUCAAUGAUAUUGCAGAGUCGGAUUGAAGGGUUGUGACGAAAAUAAAUCGACAAGGUGAAAGCUUGCAAGCGCUUUGCCUUUCGAUCAGUCAUUAAUUUGGGCAGUUGUCUGUUAUUAAUUGUUUGUUUAUGUUUGAGUUGCGAGGAUUUCUUCUAUUAAUUUAAUUUUUAAUUUUUCUGUGAUGUAACAUGUGAAAAUUUACAAUAA